AAGAGGGGAGGGGAGAGAAAAGACUCAGAAGUCGGUCCGCAAGUGCUGGGAUACAGGGCGGUGUCCUGCACCCUCUCGGGGCCCUGCCUGAAGAGGCCUGGAGGCUGUCCCGCCGUAAUUGAACCGUGGAUUUCUUUAGGGGAGGUCUUCUGCACCUUCUGACUGGGAAAAGAUGGUCAACGUCUUGAAAGGAGUGCUGAUAGAAUGUGACCCAGCCAUGAAGCAGUUCCUGCUGUACUUGGAUGAAUCCAAUGCCCUCGGAAAAAAGUUCAUCAUUCAAGACAUUGAUGACACUCAUGUCUUCGUUAUAGCAGAGUUGGUUAAUGUCCUCCAGGAGCGAGUGGGCGAAUUAAUGGACCAAAAUGCCUUUUCUCUUACUCAGAAGUGAAUAUAUUCAACAUUGACCACUUAGGAAUUAUAAAUCACAAAUGUGAGAGACUGUCACUGUUCAGUGUCCUAUGUGACAGAUUCAACUUAGUUGCUUAGACGCAUGUUAUGGGAAAAACUGUGUUGUUCGUUCAGAAAAAUGCCCCUGAACAGAUUUUCUUGUUCUGUUUUUGUUUUUUUUUAGAACACGUACCCCUAGAAUUUAAAAAAGAAGAAGAAGCUUCAAUGCUUGUCUGUAAUUUGCCUUUUAUUAUCCUACAUUAAAAUAUUAAUAUAAA